CUCUCUUCAAACUCAAUUAGACUCAAAUUUAUUUCACAAGUAAAAAUCCUAAUCUUCAGCAAUUCUAUCAUAAAAUAAAAACAAAAGCGUUGGCUGAACAAACUCCAAAACCAUGGGCUAUACGUGUCAAAAUUGAAAUACUGGAGAAGCAUUUUUAACUUUUGUUUAAUAAAAAAACCAGGGCCAGAAUAUCGCCAUAUAAAACAAUGUUUCUGUGUUAACGAGGACACGAAUUUGAAGAGCUAAUGGGUACUCUCAAGGCAGUUGCUAUUCUUUCUGGAACCGAAAAUGUCAACGGUGCCAUCCAAUUUACACAGCAAAUCAAUGGACCCACAAAGGUGUUUGGAAAAGUAACAGGUCUCAGGCCAGGCCUUCAUGGUUUCCAUGUUCAUGCAAUGGGUGAUACCACCAAUGGCUGCCUCUCCACAGGCCCACAUUACAACCCAUUGAACAAGGAGCAUGGUGCUCCUCAGGAUGAAAACCGCCAUGCUGGUGAUUUGGGCAAUAUAAUUGCUGGACAGGAUGGUGUGGCUGAGCUGUUAAUUGAGGACUCGCAGAUUCCCCUCAAGGGUCCAGAUUCGAUAGUUGGAAGGGCAGUGGUUGUGCAUGCUGACCCAGAUGACCUUGGACGAGGUGGACACAAAUUGAGCAAAUCAACAGGAAAUGCUGGUGGCAGGAUUGCAUGUGGGGUGAUCGGUAUUCAAUCAGCAGUCUAACGUGACAAGUUUCAGAUUGGUAUUAUCAGUGUAAAUAUUCUUGGCAGCGGUUAUAUGAUUGAUACCACAAUGAAGAUUGGCAAGCUGACGAGUUCCAUUUAGUCAUAAAUUAUAAUAAACAGAAGAAGUUCAACAAUUACUUGUGCCAUCAAUUAUAAUUUAUGUCUGUUUGUUGGUUAAUAACAUUGCUGUUGUAUCGUGUUGAUGAUUAUUGUUUAGUGAAGACUGAGAACUUUGAUUAUCAAAUCUGAGUCUUAACAGUAGUGUUUUAUGGAACACAAGAUAAUUGACUUAAUGCCUCAAAGGGAGCUUUUAGAACCUAUUGCUACGAAGGGAGUUCCCUCACAUAUUCAGAUUCAUUUUUAGGAGAUGGUUAUGUUCAUGUGA